GCGCAUGCUCGCUCCAGGAACACGUGGCUGCGAUCUGAGCGGAGACAUGGCGGCGGCAGCGGGCGGCCUGCACGAGCUGCUCCCCCCUCCCUGCGCCUUCUCCCCGCCCGGCCGGGGGCUGCUGGCUCUCUCCGGGCAGGACGGCACCAUCCGGGUGUGGGACACGCAGGGCGGCGGGCUCAGGCGGGAGUACGUCCCCACAGCCCACCUCAGCGCCACAUGUACCUGCCUGGCCUGGGCCCCGACCGACACGGUGAGACCCCAAUAUAAUAUAUAAUGUAUAAUAAUAAUAUAAUAUGGGGGGUAUGUACCCACAGCCCAUCUCAGCGCCACCUGUACCUGCCUGGCCUGGGCCCCGACCGACACGGUGAGACCCCAAUAUAAUAAUAUAAUGUAUAAUAAUAAUAUAAUGUAUAAUAAUAAUAUAAUGUAUAAUAAUAAUAUAAUGUAUAAUAUGGGGGGUAUGUACCCACAGCCCACCUCAGCGCCACAUGUACCUGCCUGGCCUGGGCCCCGACCGACACGGUGAGACCCCAAUAUAAUAAUAUAAUGUAUAAUAUAAUAAUAUAAUAUGGGGGGUAUGUACCCACAGCCCACCUCAGCGCUACCUGUACCUGCCUGGCCUGGGCCCCGACCGACACGGUGAGAGAGAUAAUAUAAUAAUAUAAUGUAUAAUAAUCUAUAAUAAUAAUAUAAUAUGGGGGAGUACUGUCUGACAGCCCACCUCAGCGCCACAUGUACCUGCCUGGCCUGGGCCCCGACCGACACGGUGAGACCCCAAAUAUAAUAAUAUAAUGUAUAAUAAUACUAUAAUAUAAUAUGGGGGGUAUGUACCCACAGCCCAUCUCAGCGCUACCUGUACCUGCCUGGCCUGGGCCCCGACUGACACGGUGAGACCCCAAAUAUAAUAUAUAUAAUAAUAAUAUGGGGGGGGCCCGGGACGGACUGACACAGUGAGACCCCCCCCCCCGGGGGCUGAUAAUAUAAUAUGGGGGGCCCAGGGGAGGGCUCGUGGUUCCUGGCCUGAUGGAGAGAGGAGGGGGGUGUUAUUGCAUAAUACGGGGGUGCUCUGGGGGGAGUUGGAUUAUGUAAUAUGGGGGGCUGCAUGCUGGGACCAGAGGGCUAUAGCGCCAGCACUGGCCGCAGCGCAGUGAAUCCAAGAUUAGGGGGGGUCUGGGAGAAUAUAAAGCGUUAUCCUUACUACCCUCAGGGGCCCCCUUACCCUGAGCCCAAGCAGGGGCCUGUACCAUGUGCUUCUUCACACGGGAGGUUCCAGAUCAGGCCCUGAUCAUAUACCAUGUGCUGCUCUCCCGUGUGCAUUACACAACAUGGCCUCUGCACAUACUGUGUAUACUAUACCAUGUUCCCUGACCAAAUACUAUGUACUGCUAGUCCAGGGUAUUCCACAUCUGGGCCUCUGCACAUACUGUGUAUACUAUACCAUGCCCCCUGACCAUAUACUAUGUACUGCUAGUCCAGGGCCUCUGCACAUGCUGUGUAUACUAUACCAUGUCUCCUUCCCAUAUAUUAUGUACUGCUAGCCCAGGGCCUCUGCACAUACUGUGUAUACUAUACCAUGCCCCCUGACCAUAUACUAUGUACUGCUAGUCCAGGGCCUCUGCACAUACUGUGUAUACUAUACCAUGUCUUCUUCCCAUAUACUAUGUACUGCUAGCCCAGGGCCUCUGCACAUGUUGUGUAUACUAUACCAUGCCCCCUGACCAUAUACUAUGUACUGCUAGUCCAGGGCCUCUGCACAUGCUGUGUAUACUAUACCAUGUCUCCUUCCCAUAUAUUAUGUACUGCUAGCCCAGGGCCUCUGCACAUACUGUGUCUACUAUACCAUGCCCCCUGACCAUAUACUAUGUACUGCUAGUCCAGGGCCUCUGCACAUACUGUGUAUACUAUACCAUGUCUUCUUCCCAUAUACUAUGUACUGCUAGCCCAGGGCCUCUGCACAUACUGUGUAUACUAUACCAUGUCCCCUGACCAUAUACUAUGUACUGCUAGCCCAGGGCCUCUGCACAUGCUGUGUAUACUAUACCAUGUCCCAUGACCAUAUACUAUGUACUGCUAGCCCAGGGUAUUCCACACCAGGUCCUCUGCACAUGCUGUGUAUACUAUACCAUGUCCCCUGCCCAUAUACUAUCUACUGCUAGCCCAGGGUAUUCCACACCAGGGCCUCUGCACAUGCUGUGUAUACUAUACCAUGUCCCCUGCCCAUAUACUAUCUACUGCUAGCCCAGGGUAUUCCACACCAGGGCCUCUGCACAUGCUGUGUAUACUAUACCAUGUGCUGCAGGUCCAGGGUAUUUUAGAUCAGACCUCUCUCUGACCAUAUACUAUGCUGCUGUCCCAGUACGGUAUCUAAUCAUUAUAUACCAUGUGUAACUGGAACAUGUGGCUCUGACUGCUAUCCCAUCCCAUUGGUUUCUAUGCUGGGUCUGGAUAUUUUGUAACCCCAUCAGUUAAUUUAACAAGAUACUAUUUAUCCUGUUACAUGAUACUGAAUUGAAAAGUAAGUCACUGGAAGGGUGAUAAAGUCCAGGAAACUAAGUUUUAUUGUUAGCAAGGAUUGCCACUAUAGCACUCAUGGUAUUAAAAAUCGAUUUUUGUUUUAUUGUGCUUUUAUCCUGUUCUGGCAAACUUACCCUUAAUUCACAUAUUUGUGUUAAAACACUAGAUCAGAGAGAGCCAUUAAUAUUUGGUUAUUCUGCAACUAUACCAUAUCCUGAUGGCAAAGCAUCAUGGGGAUUCUAAAAGGCUUACUUUCCCUCCGUGUUCGUCUGUAGCGUCUCUCUGUCGAAUAACAUUUUAUUGUAGCAUUUUACGUAAUGCGUGCAGUGCUGCAGAACAUGUUGGUGAUAUGGAAGGAUUUGUCUUUCCCUUCACAUAGGCAGCAGAAACAGUCUGUUAAUCAGCAGAUUUUGUUGAUUUUAUGGAGUUUCAAAAUGUGAGCUCUCUCUCCCUCUCACUUCAAGUCACCACUUUUAGUUACUAACCUUUUCAUAUUGAUAUUUAUAAAUUCACCUACCUUUGUUCUUAUGUUGCCAAACAAGUGAAUUCUUAUCACCUUGCACCAAUCUUACCCACGUCUUCACUGUGUGUUAGCCCGCUAUAAGGAUGUCAUUUAAUGUGAGAUCUGCGGACAUGGCUGCACACAUCCUAUGAAUAUUGUUUGCCAAAUUCUCCUGUAAGAACAAAGGUUCAGAGCAGUGAGCCACGUGCUCGCGUUUAUUUAGGAAAUGUGAUGGGCAAUAUAUUUCUUAUAUUUUUAAUGACAAUCUCAGUGGGGGUGGUGUCUGCUGUGGCAGGACGAGCACAGCGAGGGUUUAAAAGUAAGUUUUAAAAAAUAAACAUUUGAGAGGAGAGGGUUCAAUCUAAAUCUCCGCUAGUUUAUUCUAAAGGUAAAUACGGUUUUCAAUUUCUUACGCUAGAUUGCUCCUUUAACGGCGUUUCACUCAAGUUAUUGAAAGGACGCUGUAUGCACUGUAUCUGUGUCCUCUCAUUAAAGUGGUUAUAGUGUCUGGAGUCCCCUGGUGCCGUUCUAUCAUUCAGCAUUAGUUAUUAAUGUUUUAAUGCUAAACAAGUCCCCCUUGGGCGAACGAGGACGUUUUAGCCUGAGCAGCAGUGGGUGGCUGUGAUUGGCUGAGACUAGUGUCAGCUGGCUGCUUUCAGCCUAUCACAGCACCCAAAAAUCUCAAGCACUUUAAUCUUUAUUAGACAGAUAACCACACAUAUAAAGUGAAACAAAAAUGAAUAGUUUACAAUGUUAUAAAUUGAAUAUAAAAGUGUAGCUAUCAGAGUAAAUAUGCAAUAAACUAUGGGAAUACAAUAAGAGAAAAGGUUAAGGCAGGGAACAGGUCAGUAUGUUUACAGGAUGACCAUGCAUAUCAAAAGCAGACUUGGUACAGUUGUAUAAAAUGAUUACGUUCUGUGUGUUUUUGUUUUUAAUAAUUUUUUAAUUUUUUUUAUUAGGAAAGCCAUCAGAAGAAGAAAAGGAAAGGGGAAGCUGUGGAACAAGAUGCACAAUAUGAUAUUCUCGCCAUUGGCACAGCGACCGGGACGAUUUUAUUAUACAAUAUAAUUAAAGGAGAACUACAGAGCAAACUGGUGAGUAAUCCUAUGCUAUUUGUCACAAGUCUGGAGAUUCUCGUAUUGAUAUUGUUUUAUGGACACUUUGAAGUAUGUAUAAAGUAUGUGUCUGCCUGGUUCACUUCGAAGCCGCUUCCUUUCCCUGAUAUCGCUAACCUGGGAAUACAUACCAUUCCAUUGAUCGCGUGUGAACAAGAACCUUAUGGAAGUUACGUUUUGCACCCUGAGACGCUGAAACUGCUUUAUUGGCUCUUUGCCAAACUUUGGAUUGUUGAAGAUUUUCCAAAUGAUUUUUUUUUUUUUUGCUUAAAUGGACCUUGAAGAGUAACUGCACCUAAAUCUAUGAACACUUCAUUUAUCAUUAAGAACUGUUAAGGUGAUACCAACUCUCCAGGAUGCCAGUGCCUCCAUGAGCGGAGAUCUGUGGGUUCUUCGCUAAUCUAAUGGCGUUGUCCUGCGUGAGCAGCAUUGUCAAGAAUUAAUUCCCAAAGCAAGACAUGCCUCCGCUUUUCCUUAGAAAACGGGAGGCAUGCCUGCCUGAGGAAUCACAGCAGCUACAGCGCACUCUGUGUAGUUACAUUGAUGGAGAACAGUAACGCCACCUGUUGUGAUUCUCCUGCUCUCACUAUAGACAACUUGCAUUUUUGUUGGGUGCACUAUGACACUUUAAUUUCGAUUUCCCAUUUUUUUCAGCUCAAACUAUAUUAUUGUUUCUCCUUUUUGUCCAGGUUGGGGGUCAUGAAAGCAGAGUAAACUGUAUCAGGUGGAAUCGGGGAAACGGUAGCUUGUAUAGUUGUUCAGAAGACAAACACAUUGUGGAAUGGAACACACAGACCUGCAAAGUAAAAUGGUAAGUUACACCGUUGGAACUUUUCCUACUAUGGGUUUUGUUUAUAUUCUCUUUACAAAAGCCACCGAGGAUCAUACAUUUUAAAAAUGCAUUAUUAUUUUUUUGGUUUGACCUUAAGAUGUUUCCUAUGUCCUACCAUCAAAACAUGUUUAUUAAUGCUAGCAUGGUGAAAAUCAGUGUUAAAAUACCAAAUAAAGGCAUUUCCGAACAAACAUGUACUUUUAAAACCUUGUUAUUGCUAAGAUUCUCAUUAACCCCUUCAGGACGGGUGACGGACGAGGUCCGUCACACAGGGGAGACCCUUAACGACGGGUGACGGACCUCGUCCGUCACGCGGUAAAAUUAACCCCGGAUCACCGCGAUCGCGGGGUUAAUGAUGCUCCCGGUAUGCCUCUGCAUUUGGAGGCAUACCGGGAGCACCCGGUCAAGCUGCCCAGCACAUGUGCUCGCUCUGACCACAAGUCUGAGCGAGCACAUGUGCUCUCUAUACUCACCUACCGGCUCCCUGCACUUCCGGGUUCUGUGUGAAGUGCAGGGAGCCGGAUCAGUGCUGAUCCUGCCCCCUGCUGUAAAAAAAAAUAAAGUUUAUUUAAAGUCCCACCCAUUUUAAUAAAAAAUUAACCCCUUCCCUGCCAAUUGAUCACUGACUACAGUGAUCAAUUGGCAGGGAUUACAUUUUACUAUGAUCUGAUUUUUUUUUUUAACCCCUGAGGGUUAAUUCUUUUUUUUUUUUAACCCUCAGGGGUUAAAUUAAUUAAAUUAAUUAAUUAAAUUAUUUUUUAAUUAUAUAUUUAGAUAGCUGGGGUGGGUGGAAGUUAGUGGGGAAUUGGGGGAUUUGGCGUUAGGCUAACUAGGGGUUAACGUUAAAAAAAGUUUUAAAAGAAACUUUAAAAAGUUAAAAAUUAAGUUUAAAAAAAUGUUUUAAUAACAUUUAAGUAAAAAAAACAAAAAAAACACACUUUACCUAGUCCAAAUAAAAAUUAACCCCUUCCCUGCCAGUUGAUCACUGCCUACAGCGAUCAAAUAGAGAUCACAGUAUUAUACUGUGAUCUAAUUUUUUUUAACCCCUGAGGAUUAACUUUUAUUUAUUUUUUUAACCCUCAGGGGUUCAAUUUAUUUAAUUAAUUAAUUUAAAUAUUUUAUAACUAUAUAUUUUGCUAGCUGGGGUGGGUGGGAGUUAUGGGAAAAUGGGGAAUUUACUGUUACUGCUGCGUACUGCUAGUUAGGGGUUAACGGUAAAAAAAAAAGCUUAGAAAAAUGUUAAAUCUGUAAAAAAGUUUUAAGAAAGUUUAGGAAAGUUUAAAAAAAAUUUAUAAGCAAAACAAAAGUUUAAAAACUAGUUUUUAAAAGUAAAAAAGUUAUAAAAAGUAAAAAAAUACAUUUUAAAAACGCUCAUUACCACUACACCUGGAACAAACUAGAGAAAAAAUUAUCCCACGCCAAGGUUCAAAAUAUGCCUUUUGAAUUACCCCAGGGUGUAUUCUUUAAUAAAUAGUAUGUGUUUGUGGGGAAGUUUCAAUAACCAACCGUCUAAACUACUCCAAAUUGGAACAUGGACACAGCGUAAAACUUCAAAGUUAGAAAAAAACUGAAUGGCUGCGUCUCAAAUGCGCCCCUUCAACAUCCACAUAUACCUGGCAAAGGUACAUACGGGGGUAUUGCUGUACUCAGCCGACAUAGCUGAGCAACAUAUGAAGUAUUAUACAGUCAUAGCACACAUAAGGUUUGCAAAAUAUGCUGCGCAAACUCACUUUGUAUGUCAAAAAGGCAGAAAAAAUGCUUAUUACCACUACACUUGGUACAAGCUAGCGGAAAAAUGAUCCCACGCUGAGGUUCAAAAUAUGCCUUUUUGAAAUACCCUGGGAUGUCUUCUUUAAGAAAUGGUAUGGCUUUAUGGGGAAUUUGGAUUAUAUAGCCUGGUAAAAUACUCUAAAAUGGGACAUAGGCACAGCAUAAAAAUUCAAAGUUUGAAAAAAACUGGAAUGGCUGUGUCCCAAAUGUGCCCCUCCGAUGUCCACACAUACCUGGCAAAGGUACAUACGGGGGUAUUGCUGUACUCAGCCGACAUAGCUGAGCAACAUAUGAAGUAUUAUACAGUCGUAGCACACAUAAGGUUUGCAAAAUAUACUGUGCAAACUCACUUUGUAUGUCAAAAAGGCAGAAAAAACGCUUAUUACCACUACAUCUGGUACAAGCUAGCGGAAAAAUGAUCCCACGCUAAGGUUCAAACUAUACCUUUUGAAACACCCUGGGGUGUCUACUUUAAGAAAUGGUAGGCCUUUGUGGGGUAGUUUGAAUUUAAAACCUGCGAAGAUGCUUGGAAAUUGCACAUAGGCCCAGCGUCAAAAUUCAAAGUUUGGUAAAAACGGAUAUGGCUUGGUCUCCUAUAUGGCACUGUAGCUUCACAAAAUAGUGCCAAAGACAUUCAUAUGGGGUGUCAUUUUACUCAGAAGACUUAGCUGAGCAUAAUUUGGGGGGUUUGAACUUAGUGGCACAUAUGAAAUAUACAAAACGCCCAGCAAAAAUGCAAUCCGUAUGUAAAAAAUGCACAAAAUUAUUUUUUACCACAUACUUUGGCAUAUAUUGGUGAAAAAAUGGGGGCAUGUUAAGGCACAAUAUGCACCUUAUAAGAUACCCUGGAGUGUCUACUUUUACAAAUGGUAGGCCUUUGUGGGGGUUUUUUGAACAGUCAAACUGUUAUAAUACCCCAAAAUGGAAGCUAAGGCUCAUUAAAUCCAUCUCUCAAAAUUCUACUGUGAAUACUGAAAAGGACAGGUAUCCUGUAUGGCACUGUAACUUCACGAAAUAGUGCAAAAGACAUACAAUGGGGGUGUCAUUUUACUCAGCAGAUGUAACUGAACACAAAAUAAAACUUUGUACAGGAAUAGCACACACCAACUUUACAAAAUAUACACGAGAAUUUCUCUGUUAUAAGUUUGUGUGCCAAAAACCAAAAAGAACACAAUUUUACUCCAAUAUUUAGCAGAGGUUGGCGGUGAAAUGGCUACGUAGAAAGUGUCAAAACAACCUUAGGUAAAUAGCCCGUGAUGUCUACUUUAUAUAAAUAUAUACUUUUGUGUGGCAAUUUUGUUUUCUUUUAUGGCUAUUAAGCUUACAAGACAAACAUACCAAAUUCUAAAAUCGCUCCACAUUAAAAGUUUAUUUUACUCCUUGUGCUUUGUGACCUGUAACUACCAAAAAAAACUUAAAAUCCCAGACACAUUAUAUAUUCUGUAAAUCAGAACAAAUAAAUAAAUUUAUUUUUAAUUACUUUCCUUAACCUGCACUAAUUAUGCACACAUUAUUAUUGCAAAAACUGUAAAAAAAACCAAUGUUUUUCAUUUUUUUUGCAUUUUUCUGUAUUUUUUUUAUAAUAAGUAAGCAUUUAUAUAUAUAUAUAUAUAUAUAUGUUAUAUCAAAUUAAAGCCCUUUCUGUCCUUUAAAAAACAGUAUAUAAUAUGUGUCGGUGCAAUAAAUGAGAGAGAUGCAAAUUGCAGUUGAACGCAAACAGCAAGAAAAUGCAAAAAUUGCUUGUCAUUAAGCGUAAGUCAAGCUUCUGAAGCUGUGUCCUUAAGGGGUUAAAGCCACACUGUUACUUGUGGGGUCACUGCGUUUUUAUUUAUUUUGCAAAAACUCUUAACCCUGUUCGUUUUCACAAAGUGGUGUUUUUAGAAUUUGUAUAUCCUGGCUUGUUAUGAUGAUGCAGAGUGUGGUUUCAUUUCUUACUGAUAAGCAAUGAAGUUAAUUUUCUCUUGGCUGUCUGAACAAGCUCCAGAAUGUGUCAGGAAGGUUCAGCUUUGCUUUUAGACGUUAGAGUUCCUGGUGUUUUUGACCGAAGAAUGGGAUAAUGGGACCUUUCAUAACUUUGUACUUUCAGCAAAUGGAAAGGGGACAGUGGGAGCGUCAGCAGUUUGUGUAUCAGUCCAGAUGGGAAGAUGCUGCUCUCAGCUGGAAGAACCAUCAAACUCUGGAACCUGGACACCAAAGAAGUCUACAGGGUAUAAAAAUUACUUCAAGUACAUCCCAAAAUGUGUCACUUGGACAACAAAGUAGAAUUACCUUGGAAUGGCCUUGGUGUUCGUAUUGUUUCCAUGUUUAAUGGUAGACCGUAGAGGGGCUUGUCAAACUCAUGUGCAUCCUGUAGAUCAUUCUUCUUUAUUCAGAGUUUUAAAUGUUAUAAUUGUAUGUGUUCAGUAUUAUUAUUAUUUAUAUAGCGCCAUCAGAUUCCAUAGUGUUGUACAAUGUAUUCAAACUGUUAAGAAAAGCAAAUCUAUAUAUCAAAAGUAUGGGGUCGUGGCAAGACCGAGCAUUUAUAGAAAAAUUAAGUGGUGUUUUUAGAAUUUAGUCUGUAUAUCCUGGCUUGUUAUGAUGAUGCAGAGUGUGGUUUCAUUUCUUACUGAUAAGCAAUGAAGUUAAUUUUCUCUUGGCUGUCUGAACAAGCUCCAGUUGAAUAGUUUUCAUCACUAGAAUGAGUGCCUGGGGGUAGUGGUACCCACACACUAUAUAACAAAGCCUUGAUGUGUUUCCAUCAGGCCCAUAUAGCAUUAGUGGAAAAUACACAAAAUUGGUUCUUAAAGGGACAAGCCAGACCCCUCAAGCACUUUAGCUGUUUAUAGCAUGUCCCCUAUUUCAUUUUUAAAAAGUGCAGUUUUCAGUAGAAAUAGGCACUUCCAUAGAUUAACCUUAUAUCCCCCUUGCUGGUCAGACAGCAGGUCCUGUUACUUCCUGGGUAUUUAGCUCAGAGGCAGCUAUUGUCCACAGCACCCUCCUUGCAAAGACUUCUCAUUGGGAAAUCCGUGAUAUGACAGCCACAGAAAGUCUGACCUGGAGAAGAAGGGGAGGGCUUACAGUGCACAUGUUUUUUCUUGGGGUAUAUCUACUACAUACUGAUCUUGUAUUUGGGAGGUGCACUGUUCCUUUAAACCCUUUCAUCUUAAUUCAGCAUUAAAUUCAUAUCUGACAUUAUUGGUAUUUCUAUAGCGCCAACUAAUUCUGCAGCCCUUUACAAUAUUAUGAAAGGGGGGAAAAUUACAAUAAAUGAGACAAUUACGCAGGAAUAAUAGGUAAAUGAGGGCCCUGCUCAGACCAACUUAGUCUAGAUUAGGUGGGGUACAAAUACACAACAGGGCAGCAAGUGUGACAGCUUCAUUUAUCAAACAAGAUGGUAAAGUAGCAGAGUUGGAGGUGAGUGAAGUAUGGCUCUUUAGGAGAGCAAUAGACAGAUUUGGAUAAGUAUAGAUAAGUUACUCUGGGAGUCCAUAAGCAUUUCUGAACAGAUGUGUUUUGCGGCACUUGUUAAACAGUUAAAGACUAGGGGAGAGUCUGAUGGAGGUAGGCAGGCUGACCCAAAGAAAAGAAGCCGUCCGCGAGAAGUCCUGCAAGCGCGAGUUAGCAGUAAGGGUGUGAGCAGCGGACAUGAGAAGGUCACCGGCAGAGCAGAGAGACAGAGAAGGGGCAUAUCUGUGAAUCAGGGAAGAAAUGUAAGAGGGACUAAUGUUGGUUAGAGCUUUAGAGGUAAGGGUCAGUAUUUUGAAUUGACCACUAUAGGAUACAGGAAGCCAGCGUAAGGAUCGACAGAGGGGCGAGGUAUGGGAGGAGUGACAGGUGAGAGAGAUCACCGAUUGUAGUGGGGCAGUUCGGCUUUUGGGGAGACCAACUAGGAGAGAAUUAGAGUAAUCCCUGCGAGAGAUUACCAGACCAUGAACAAGCUCCUUGGCCUGCUGACCGUUCCUGAACUUGCAUUUGUUAUUUUAGCAUGUUUCGUGACACGGCUAAUUUUCCUAAUAGUUAUGUUUUUGUUGUUUUAGCAAUUUACUGGCCAUUCGUCUGCAGUCAUGUCCUUGAUGUUUGUGACCACACCAUCGUCCAGUGAUUCUCCGUCAAAUGACACGACCGGAUUAUAUUUCCUGUCUGGUGCAAUGUAUGACCGGUUGAUCAGCGUAUGGUGAGUAGCGGGGGAAUACGGCCCAAUGGGUAGCAACUUCUGAUCACACAGCCUUAAUGGGUAAUUGCAAAUCAUUGAAGUAUUGCGUUCUAAAGUUUGAUAAAGAGAGCUAAUUUUCAUCUGGGGAUCUACCUUGUCUCUAAACGCACACCAGCUGAGUCCCAGGGCACUUCGGUAAGAUCUGUGAUUGGAAAUUCUGUUAUAUGAUUCUACAGUGAUGUUAGCAUUGCUGUGCCCACCCACCUCACGUUUUGCAUUGGUCGCUUGGUAAAUCUCCUGGCUCAGAAUAUGUUAUUACCUUUUAUUACUGGCUUGUUAUGAUGAUGCAGAGUGUGGUUUCAAUUUUCUCUGAAAAGAAAUGAAGCUAUUUUUCUCUUGGCUGUCUGAACAAGCCUUGGAUCAGGACUCAGUAAUAAAUAUAGUAUUGUACAGAAUAUGCAGCGUUUCAAUGAACACAUUUAAAGUGGCUUUGUCAUAUCAACCCCAUCAGCGAUGUAGUCUCGCACAUGCUAAGGGCAUUAGGCUUCACAUUUUGUCAAUCUUAAAAAAUACACAAGACUUGGUAAUCCCUAAUUUUCCUUAGUAUAUCAAAUCACAAAUGAGUCUCUAUGAGCAUGUCGAACAGAUUUUAUCUUAUCUUUAUGAAAUGCUAUUAUUCGCGAGGGAGGGGGCAUUGAUGAAGUCUGUUUAAUCUCUAAAACAUGAACUACAUGAAAUGCCUUGUGACACCAGUUUUAGACCAGUUUCCUGUAUGCCGCAGGUUCUCUGUGAGUCGGUCUAAAUAGAAAGCUGUUGGGGUGCAGCAGGGUGUGUGGAGUAUAAGCUUGGAGAGAAGGGACUUCCACUUUAAAUCUCUCUACAGUCCUGUUAAUUAUUUGAAUUUUUAAGGUGCUAUUAAAUCUGCAUAUUUGGAGAUUAACUUUAGUCAGACUGGCCUGGUAUUUGUGAGCAUUCUCAGCAUUUAACUCCCAAGUUUUCCAUAAAUAUAUAAUCUUAUCGAAACUAUGUUGGAAUAAAAUUUUACUGCAUUUUCAAAGUAACCCGAUGAAAUAAGAUAGAAUAGGGUCUGCUGGUCUUCUGUGCCUGCAGAUUGUCAAUCUACAGAGCUCAGCAGUACAGGCAGUUAGGAAAGUGUAUGGCUUCCAGAGAAUCCCAGGGAAGCAGGCAGUGAUUAACAUAACUUGUCAGAAGAUACUAAUCCAAACAAUAUCAUUAUCAAAGUAUGCAGCCUGGCCUCCUGUAUUGGAUUAGGCUGCUAUCAGUGCCUUCGCAGGUAGCAACCAUCCUUUAUCAUUUCUUGCGUUAUACCAUUGUUAGAAGUGAGGCCUUUAAUGAAGUAAACGUGUUUGUGGGUUUUUUUUUUUUUUCCAGGCACGUUAAGACUGGGAAAAAGGAGAAAAGUGCAGCAAUGUCCUUCACGCUGACAGAAAGUCCUGUGUGUGUGGACCUCACUCCUUCAAGGAGCAAAGAGGAGGUAAAUUGGGAGAGCUGAUUAAUAUUCAAAGACCUGCCAAGUGUCUCACUUUGGUAUAAUGUGCAUCCAGUGGUGCAGUGUGAAGCUUGUAACGUGUGAUUUCAUUGGCCGUAAACAGGCUUUUUGUUCACCUGAAGUCCUGUCUGCUCUUGGCUACAUUUUAAUUUCCCCAGUACCGCAUGAGCUCUGUGUUGUACACUCCCAUAGUGCUUUGCUAUCUGCCUUCUCAGGGCUAUUGUCUUGUAUGGUCCCUGCUUGUGGAGAGUGAGCAAUACUGAGUUGGUGCAUCUACCCAUGGUAUGUUAUCAAUUGCCCUACCUCAUGCUCCUUGGUGUGUCCUGUGGAAUGUUGGCAUACUUUCUAAAAGUGUAGCAAUUGGCAAAAGCGUUCUGUUUCCAUGGUGAUUGGAAUUCACAGCUGGUCCAAGUCAUUUGCUUUUAUUUAAUAGCUUUUUUUUUUUUCUUGCAGCCACUGAAGUUGGCAGUCGUAUGCAGAGAUGGCCAGCUCCAUUUAUUUGAACAUGUUUUGAAUGGGUACGUUAUCACGCUUUGUGGCAUUUUACAACUCAUUAUCUCUUCCACCGCUCUCCCUCCUCCAAACAUUUGUAGUGACAGAAAUCGUCUGUUAAUCAAAAUCCGUAGCCAGAAGUUACUGUGCUCGUCCCUCUUAUUUGGCUAUGUAAUCUACCAUUUUGGCAAAGAACUUGAAAUGUUACUGGUGACACAGAUACACACUAAAUUUUUUUUUUAAUUAGGCAACAAUUAUGUUGUAUUCACAUAGCUGCGUUGUACAGUUAGAUCAGAACAAUGCGUGUCUGUCUUUCACAUAUUUUAACAUUUACCCAGGACUAGCAUCUAUGAAUUACUUUGUACAGUAAGAUUUCUGGAGAUUAACCGGAUGAAACACAAAUAUUAUGUUAAUAAUCAAAUGCUUUCUUCUCCCAGAAACCACAGUAAGCCAUUCACACCGACGUGUACGAUACAGAUUGCGAGUUCUGGAAACGAUAAGGAUGCAACUCCAAAGCCUGUUCCCAUCCAUGCUGCUAAGUUCCUGCCAGACAGACAAUCCAUCCUGCUCUAUUACGGGAACACGAUACAGCCAGUCAUUGAGAAACUGGUAAGAGGUUUGAUUCGGUUUUCUUUAUCCUCAGCUACGACUUGCAUUGUUUGAAUCUAACGUUGUUUUUCAGUAUUUCGGAUCAUUCAAAAUAAAUGAUGUGGACUACAUCUCCACUAAUGGUUUGUUAGCAUUAUCUCUGCAAGAGCAUUAUAGGAUAUGUAGUCAACAUCAUCAGGAGUGUAAACGUUGUCUAUUCCUGGACUUGAGAUGCAGGGAGGCCCUCGGAUCUGGUUGUACAGAGUAUAAAACAAACUGAUCUUUCUCGUUUCAGUGCUAUGCAAUGUGACACCAUGUGUCUUUUCCACGUGUAAUGUCCUGGGGUUUGUUUUAAAGUGUGCAGUGAUGAUAUCCAGAGAAUGGUUUCGCAAAUUUCUGAAAUUUAGUGACGAGUAAAUCUCUUGGCUGUCUGAGUGCACUUUAACUAAAUCUACCUUGACUUCAUUAUUAACUCUAAUCGUUUUAUGUCUGAGUAACUGCUCUGUAACGGUGGCAAGCAAGAACUUAAUUGCGUAUUCUGUUUACUUUGUCACUAGCAGAUUGUCUUUUUAAGCCUGUGUUUCUAUUUUGCUUUUUAAGGUAUUGAAGACAGAUGAGCCUCACAUAUGCCUUAUCAGGGAUAUUCAGAAGGCUGUAUCUCUUCGAAAAGACUUACCAGUUACAAAAGUAAGUUCCUGACCACCUUUAUUUCUAGAUUCUGCAGAUCAGCAUCUUCAGCUCAAUCUAUAUCAUUACAGAAUUCUAAAUAUCUGAAUAGCGGUCUCUAGCUUUCAAAUGUAACCUGUUAAAUGAGUUUCAAAAUGUAGAAUGUCCGUCAGGUUCUCAAGCAAUAACUGGCUUGUCUGGAGCUUGUAACGUCCUGGGGUUCGAUUUAAGGUGUUCUGUGAUGAUAUCAAGAGAAUGGUUUCGCAAAUUGCUGAAAUUUUGUGAUGCGUUAAUCUCUUGGCUGUCUGAGCGCACUCUCUGCUAGUAUAAGGUCUGCUGUAAAAUUCAUCUUAUCUGAGAUCAGGCGAGAGUAUCUGCAACACCUUAUGUGAUCACUUUGUUUCCCUCUCCUGAUGUAUUCAUCAAGAGUAACUUGUUCCUUUGCGUUUUUUAACAUGGUGCUUGGAGCCCUGUCUUGCCACUUGAUGGCUGACGCCCAAGUUGUUAUGGAGAUGUUUGACGUGGUUGGUGUUGGAGUGGGCUUGGCUCAGGCUGCUGUCUUUUGUUCGUGGUGUUUUUUCUGGGGUGGGGGGUGGGAGGGAGGGAAUACCUGGCAGUUUUUGAUUGCUCCAAGUCUAUCGAUCCACAGACUGAUAAUAUAUAUCCAUUUACAUGUGCUGCAUGAUUGCUUGGUUAUGGGAGGCCAUAUGAGUGUCUAGUUAUUUGAUAUAAAAAAAUUUCUUUUGAUAUCAUUGCAGGUGAAAACUCCAGUCGUAAAUUCAGACAGCAAAGUCUUAGUCCCAGGGAUCCCUGGUCAUAGCUCGAUAGUACCGACUGCAGCUUCUAUCACAAGGAAACAGGAUGGCAAGAGGAAGCCAGGAGACAAAGAGGUAAACCUUCCUUCUGUAAAGAGAAAUGGCUAAAUGUAAGAUUUGCAGAAUUAGGCCAUUAGACAGCUUGUGGUCUUAAAUGAAUUAACCUGGUGAGCUUUUUUGAAUUUGAGGCGAUAUUCAGUGCUUUUUCAUUAACUUUUGGAUUGAAAUAACUUCACUGCUCAAUUCCACGUUUCUACAGCUGUUAAUUGAACCUGAUAUCUUGGGCUGUCUGAGCAAGACUUGGACACCCCCAACCCCCCCGCGUAUGUUUCAAGUGUUUCAUGUUCCCUUAACAUUUUGAUUUACCGUUAGUAUUUCUUUUAUUGUUUUAACUUGUUAUGGGGAGCAGGGCCGGACCGCUAUGCUGUGUGGCUGCAAGAACAAGCAGCUCCUGCAGUCUUUCAAUAAUUAAGCUCACCACAGUGAUUAACUUGCCUAUGUAACCCCUGGAAACUGCGGCCCAAGUUGCAGAGCAGUACUGGUUCUGAGACUAAAAAUAACCUCUGUCUCUGGGAGGGAGAUCCUUGGUCCACGCGGCUGAGGCCUACUCUGGCAGUGAGUGGGGUGGACGGCUGCUGCUAUCCUGCCCAAUUGCAGCAGAUUGGAUCCUCUGGCCUCUUGCUACUUAAGAAAUGUGUAUUUCAUAGCUCUCACUUUGGUGCGGGAUCCCCUGGGUGGCAUACAUGGCAGCAUGUUACUAAAGUUGCUCAACUUUUUUUAACUCCCUCUCAGUGCAUAAGCCUCUAAGAGUUACUAAUGUUUCGUUGUCAAGCCUAGCACUAUGGUAAUUCUGUUUACCCGUUUAACCAAAAAAUUGUGUGCGGGUUUAUCAUAUCUACAUUGUUUACUAGCUGUUACUCCUCAUUACUGAAUUCACAAUGUAUGAGAUUAUAUUCUAACUAUGCUAUGCACAUCAUAAAUUUUAAAAAAUAAAACAACUUAUGUUCUGAAUUUUGUAUCAUACUGAGAAAAUAAAGUUGAAAUCUUACUAAUCAGCCCAGCUUGAUUAUAAUGAAGUAUGGUUGAGGGCAGAUGGAAUCUUAUGGCACACAUUGGCAUGUAGCUCCUGAUUUUGCAACCUUAAACCUCUGUCCAUCUGCAGUACCAGUGUUCAGGAUCUCCUCAGAUUAACCCUGGCAGACCUGGACUGUUUCUGACAGGGGACAGAACUAAUCUUGUGGACAGACUUUAAAAUACAGUAUGUACCAGGUAACGAAUGUGUCCUCCUUGUCAACAGGCCCAAACUGUGACAAGCUGCAGUGUAGCGGCUCAUGUUGGCCAGUAAUUUCUAGUGAGGCGAGUGUUUGCUUACUUCAAUAUUCCAAGAUCUGUUUGAGAAAUGUAUCAGUGCUUUAGUGAUUCAUUCAUCCUCCAAAUAUCUGUUUGGUGUCACUUAACUCUAACUUUUUUUUUUUUUUUUCAGGCCACCAUCGAGGAUCGAUUGGAUGCCAUGGACAUUGACACAUCCAAGCAGCAGAGUAAAGGUGGGCUUCCACAGGCAGACAACUUUGCCGUUCUCCUGGUGCAAGGCUUGGAAAGUAAUGACUCCGCCAUCUUGAAUGUAAGUAUUUUUUUUUUGCGCAGUUCUAUGCUAACUUGGUCAUUUGUGUUUUCAUUGGUUUUUGGUAGUGGCCCAUUUCUUUUAAAGGUGUUCUGUGAUGAUAUCAAGAGAAUGGUUUCGCAAAUUGCUGAAAUUUUGUGAUGUGUUAAUCUCUUGGCUGUCUGAGCGCACUCUCUGCUAGUAUAAGGUCUGCUGUAAAAUUCCUCUUAUCUGAGAUCAGACGAGAGUAUUUGUAACACCUUAUGUGAUCACUUUGUUUCUUUCUCCUGAUGUAUUCAUCAAGAGUAAUUUGUUUUAAUGCUUGUGUAACGGACCGUUUCAGCACACAAGGGGUUAAAACCGUUUAGGCGAUCGUCCCCUUCCAGAGAUGCAGGCACAGCUACUGUAGAACACCAAACUCCCGAACCGCAUACAAUAUAGCACUCCAAACUCACGAACUGGAACCAUACGAAUAGCUGCUAGCAGACGAAUAGGAAAAGCACCCAAGCGGCUUACACUCCUAGCUAUCAGUCUCUAUCAGCAUUCAGUAAAUCCCCAAGACAAGGCUCUGUGUUGGGGGUCAAGCAGUGGUCUGUUUAAUGCGGGCUACCUGCCCAGUAUUUAUGCAGGUCUCCCACCUGGUGGACACUCCCCUAGGGGACUAAAUGGAAGACUGUGACAAAAGAAAAUCAGCCAAACAGGACACAGUCACAUUAUAUUCCCACAAUGCAUCCCGGCUUCCUCCCCCUCUGCCCUGGAGAUAAUUGAGAAGUAAUUCAAUUCUCCCAGGACAAAGGCAAAUCGCCAUUAUGCACGUGGGGAUACUAAAAUAAGAAUUACUAUUAAAAUACCCUACGUGACACAAGUUACAAUAAAACUAUACAUUUAACAUCCCUAGAUAGCUCAGGUCUGAGCGCACAUUAUUAAGCGAAUGGCGCUCAGACCACAGGAAUACAGUUUAAUCGCCAUGGAGCCAAAGUCUUCACAAAGUCAGUUUUCAUACGAAUGAGCUCCAUGGGAUUCCUAUCUGGGGUAUAGUGCAGUCAGGUACGACUACCGAAUACCGUGCCGUUCGUGUACUUCCACCGAACAAGAAGGGAGGUCGGCUGCUUCAGCGGUGUUCGCACCAAACUGUCCGUUUUUAGUUCCAUGAGUUAGGCGUUGAACACCGCUGUGCGGUCGCGUGUUUAAAAUGGCCGCGACCUCGUGUUCGGUAUACGAAUGGCGGCCACCCAGUAUUCGUCAAUUAAGCUGCGGUUAACCGCAUCUUCUGGGAGGCUAAUUGCCGGCACACUCCAGCUCCCAGGUGGUCUAGUCCUUCGUGCAGUUGUUCGGUAGAUUGAAUCUACCAAACACCGGGCAGAAAAUCACGAAUAAGUUUUUUUUCUGCAGGGGAAACCAGGUCUUUUAACAUGGGGCCAUAAUCCAAAGGCAGCAGGCGAGCAACCAGGCUUCUCCAAUGCAAUGUGGCGAGAUUGCUCUCGUCACAGCUUGCUUUGCGUUUUUACCCCCGUUCCCUAUAGGUUUAAACAAUGCCAUAGACCUGCAGUGUGCACAGGAACAUACAUCAAAUUUCUCUUCCAUUGCUGCGUAAAUGUAUAGAUUAAAAGUGAGCGGGUAGAUAAUGGUAAACGAACGUUUAGCGUUGUGCUUCACGUGGGAUACUAUUUGUAUCCUGUUCAUUGUCCCCUUACUGUACUGCUGUCUUGUUCUUUACAGAAAGUCUUCCCGUCCAAGAACGAGAACUUAAUUCGAAAGACUGUGGCCAAGAUUCCGGUUUAUGCGGUUAUUCCUCUCGUGAACGAGGUAAGAUCCUUCUUGUCAUUCUUCCCCUUUCCCCCUCUUAUUUAGGUUGUCCCUUUUUUACAGAAUUUUCCAUAUUCUGUUUCACUUUAAUCUCAACACUAAAACAAAAUGGAUAUAGGGACUCUUUUAUUUAAAUCCUUCUGGGAUUGUUUUUUACUAAAGAUUCAAUCAGUUGCUUAAUCCCCUCUAUAUUUUCUCUUGAACUGUUUGUCUUUUUGUAAAAUAUCUUUGUAAAUGUUCUUUUGAGCCAGUGAAUAUAUUUCUAUACCUUUUUUAUUUUUAGAUUACCAGAAGAUUACAAGGGAACCCUACAAGGUAACAAUGUUAAACUAUUUCCCAUAUAUCCUAAGAAUCGUUAGACAAUAUUAACAAAACCAUGCGAAAUACAAAAAUUGGACAGAUACACCAAAACGUGGAUAGAACACACUCUUAGUGGGCAGCAGAUAGGAAAAAUCCUAAAUACAGUUACCCUUGUACUGUUGGUACUGUAGAUAAGGACUCCUCAAGGUCCUCAAAAUAGUGCAAAAACCGAAAAGAUCUACAAUACAAUAAUAACAGAGAAAAACAUAGUAUAAUACUGUUGUAGAAAUUUAAAAAGUGGAGGAUUGAUAUAAUAGUUGCACUCACAAACCAAAAUUGAUUGUAGGCGUAUCAUCAAAUUAGUGAAGACUCAAAAUUCACAGGACAUCGCGGCCAAUAUGGAGAAGGAAAGGAAAAUAAUAAUAGUGCAGAGUAUCAUAAUAAAAAUGAAUAUUUUAAUAUAAAAAUGCACUUACAAAAUUGAAGUGAAAUACAGGCACAUCAUACACUGUCAGUUCGAUCACAAGGUCCCAGUAAAAUGGAGCACCAGAAGGAACAGCAAUGACGACAAAACAAAUUAAAAUUACAAAUAACUGUAUCCGCAAGGCGGAUUUUGUUAAGCUAGACUGCUAGAUCCUACGUUGCACUUUAAUUUGCACUGCUGGGAACUGACAAUAGUUGACAAUGAAAGCUUGUAUCUUUGUCCAUUAGACAAAUUCCUUUAAUGUCUGUGUUUAUCCAAAUGCCAAGCAGACUACAAAGCAUGCUUUGCAAGCACUGGGUGGGCUUUUUGCAGUUUGAUUUCUAGUUUUAACCGGCUAUAUUUUGUUCAGCACUGUGUAAUUCACUUUGGAUAUUUUCACUGACUUCCCAUAACUUGCUGAUCACUGUGCCUUUUUAUCUCCAGUGCCCUACAGAUGGUGAAAUGGUUAAAAGCCGUGUUUGUUUCGCAUGCUUCCUAUCUCUCCACGGUGAGUAAUUUACUCUGUUUUUCUUUGUGCUUGAAAAUUUCUGCGCAGAAUCAUUAUUUCAGAAAUGAAAUUUGGCGAAACCACAAACUUUCUUUUAAUGCAUGCACAAAUGGUGACAUUGUAUUUCAAUUAUGAUUUGUGACACCUUGUAAUGUUUCUAUAUAACGUACAGCGCUUCAUCAGGUUGUUAAUUUCUUUAUGGCAGGGAGCAGUCAGUACUGAGCUAAAAUGGCGUGAUUCAGUCUGUCUAGGAUACAUAGUGCGUAGCGUUAGCUCUCCGUAUUCACAUCACACCAGACCUAAUCAUGUGAAAUGUACUACAUAAUUAUCUGAGGUUCCAUGACUGGCCAUAGCCGCUCGGCAGAGACGGCAACAAUUUAUCAGCGUUUUACUUUCACUGACUGCGUAGCUGCUGUCCCCUCACACCAGGUGUAAAGAGUAUUAUUUACUUUGUGGCUGGAGAUAUUUAUGUAUAAUUAAUAGAAUGCUUUGCUCCUCGACAGCUCCCCGAUCUGGUUCCCCAACUUGGCACAUUGUAUCAGCUCAUUGAGAGCAGAGUCAAAACCUUACAGAAACUGUCACGGCUUAACGGCAAGCUGUACCUCCUGGUCACUCAGGUAAGUGAUCCUGAGAUCUGGUUAUAUUGAAAAGGGGAGAAGGUGGUCUCGUGUUGGUACAAUAUUCAUUUUAAGGGAUUACCAUGAAUAAAACACUAUAAAAUGUUUGCGUUUUUGCUGCUCUUAUAUUUGAAGUACCUGCAAUAUUCCCUCCUCUCUAAAUGCUUGUUUACUCCUCAGGUUGCUGCGUACGAGAAAGCUCAGCGCACUCAUGUAAAUCAAGAAGCGAAGCUGGUUUAUGAAGAAGGUAAGCCAAUACAAUGAAUUCCUGCUUAAGGCAGACAAGUAUUUCAUUUGAAUAGUGCAAUCCUUUCUUUCUAAGAAUGAUCUCUUAAUUCACGUUGGUACGGUGCAGUUGGAAUGAAAUCUUUUUAUUUAUUUCUAAUUUACAGAAUCUUCAGAAGAGGAGUCUGAAGAAGAGCUUAUUGCAGAGCAAGAGUCUGAUGUAAGUUUUUAAUUAAAUGUGUUCCUGUUUAUAUGAAGGUGUGAAAUAUGACGGUCAGUAUGACCGAGGUUUCGCAGUGACCGUUCAAUAAAAGAUGAUUUGUCAUCAUGUACUUUGCUGGUACAGGGCAAAGGCAGUUGGAUAUAUUUUAACAUUUAAACCAGAGAACUAGAAGAUCAGCCACUUUUUAGUUACCAGUUAAACAACUUUUUAUUAUACAUCUGUGGAACCCUCUCUCCAUUUCUGGUUUCACAGUUUUUCUAGUAAAGGUACAUUGGGUCGAAAUAUUCCUGAACGUUCCAACCUUUUAGUUUUUUUUUUUUCAAUUUGUUAGGAUGCUGUUAAAAUGUUCCUGUUAAACACUUCCUUACUGUAUGGGUUUUACGUCUUGCUGUGUGCUCACUUUAUGCUCCUUGAUCUAGGAUAAUUGGGAAGAAGAGGAGGGUGAGGAUGAUGAUGAUGCAGAAUCAGGAGAAGAAGAGUCAGAGGACGACCGAGACAUGAACGUUGAUAAAGUAAAUGGGGAUUCUGACCAGGACCUGGAUAAUGAAAGCGAAGAGGAGUAGCUUUCAGCUUUUGGAAAACUAUAGAAUCCGGACCUCAGAACCACUUUAUAAACUGAGACUAAGCUUCUCCAGGAGCCGGCCACAUUUCAGCCUCCAGAAUGUUAACCGUAAACUGCCUUUCUUAACUCUUCCCCCACCCCCUGCGAGAGCCCAGUCCCAUUCCACAUUCUCCCUCCCUCCCCCCAAUCUUUUGAUUGAAGAGCGAUGUUCUAUCUGCGGACAUAUCAUUUUGUGUUUGGAAUAAAUUGCCGCUACCAUUGUAGGUUAAAAAAAAAAAAAAAAUUGGUUUUAUUUCAGUUUUUUUUGCUAUUUAACCACCGGGGGAAAAGAUGGCGUUCAUCACGUGACAGUUGCACAUUUACUUGGUAUAGACCUGGCUGUCUGUACGAGAUUGAAGAUAAUAUACUUUUCCCUGAAGUGUAAUUUUCAACUAUAUCAUUAAAUAGGACUGGACAAAAUGUUUGUGUAAUGGUUCUGGGAUAUAUGCAGCCACCUUUAAUUCGAUCGUCAAAAUGCAUUGGGAUCCUUGCAAAAAUGCAGUUGAAUUUUUUUGUUCUAUAUAUUUUUUUGAAUACAGCAAAUACUCCUAUUAUUGGCGGAGGCAAAGUGCCGACCAGUGUCUAUAAACAAAUAUGUUUGGAAAUGUUGUGCAGAGCAUUUCUAACAGUCCGUGUAUGAUUUUUCUUUAUUCACUAAACCUAGGAUUGUUUAAUUCUUGUCCCACUGAUUUUUACACCUGGAAUUGUUUAAAAAAAAAAAAAGUUUUAUUUCUUACAAAAUUCCUAGUCUGAACAGAUUUUUUUCUUUUUUUAAUUAAGCUUGUAAAUACCAAUUUUGCAGAAAAAAAGCCAGUUUCCUUUUUUGAGUGUAACCCAAAAACCAUGUUUAAACAAAGACUUUUUGCGUUCGAUUUUGCACGGCAGAAAUGUGGUUACAGGUUGUUUUUUGGUUUUUUUUUUAACUAAGAAUAAAGAUACUUUCAGUUUGAUCUCUUUUUCUGAGAGCGGGCUGAGCGCUUUAACAAUAUAAUGUACAGUAUAUUUGUCUAUAAACUGAGCUGUUAAUGGAAAUAUUGCCUCCUUUGUAAAGUGAAUAAACCAAAUCUAGUUCUCCUUUGACCAGCUUCAACGCUUGUUGCUCUCCAUUGUCUUAAUAUCCUGUAUGCGGUGUGAUUUUGUGUCAGUCUGGAGGUCUUU